UACAGGGUAUGACCAUAGACUGCGGACACAGUACAGGAGAUGACCAGAGACUGCAGACACAGUACAGGAGAUGACCAGAGACUGCAGACACAGUACAGGGGAUGACCAGAGACUGCGGACACAGUACAGGGGAUGACCAGAGACUGCGGACACAGUACAGGAGAUGGCCAGAGACUGCGGACACAGUACAGGGGAUGGCCAGAGACUGCGGACAGUACAGGAGAUGGCCAGAGACUGCGGACACAGUACAGGAGAUGGCCAGAGACUGCGGACACAGUACAGGAGAUGACCAGAGACUGCGGACACAGUACAGGGGAUGACCAGAGACUGCGGGCACAGUACAGGGAAUGACCAGAGACUGCGGACACAGUACAGGGAAUGACCAGAGACUGCGGACACAGUACAGGGAAUGACCAGAGACUGCGGACACAGUACAGGAGAUGACCAGAGACUGCGGCAUAGUACAGGAGAUGACCAGAGACUGCGGACACAGUACAGG